AUGAACUGGGCGGGCUUUAGCGCCGGCGGCCUGGGGAGUGGUGGGCGUGGCGCCUCGACGGGGGUUUCCUACCGGGGCAGUGACACAGGGCGUGUCACUAGCCAAUUUUCGGCUGGGUAUGCACAUAGCGGAGGUGGUCUCACUGGCUACGGUGGCUACGGAGGUGGCAGCGGCUUCGGCAGACCUGGAAUUGGUGGCGGCGGGCUGCUGCAUCAGGUGGGCAGCGGCGUUGACGGAGGCUCUGAAACACCCCGUGUUGCCAUCAUCGGCACAGGACCAACCGUAUUUCAGCAGUGGUGGGCCAUUCACGCCGGCGGCCUCCGCGUCAGCGUUGUCGUCGGCACCGACGACGCCAAGGUAACCCACAGCCACAACGUCUUUAAAGGCAGCGCCGUCACGGCAGCCGCUAGCAACGCGGAGAGGAAGGCAUCGGCAGAGAGGGCCUGUGCAGUUGCGUUGCGAUGUGUGCAGUUUUACCGCCUUCCUCGAGCCAAUAAAAGCGCUGUGGCUGGGGCAGACAAACCCUUGGUCGACGUGCGGGUGUGUGCUCCUGGUAGCGUGGCAGACCCGGUGGCCAACGGCGGUGCCAGGGAUGAAUCGAAGAAGACCAGCGCGACAAGCGCCGUCGUCACCUCGUCCAUCCUGACAGGCGCUCGUGCCGCCUCGGCCUCCGCUGAAGCAAAGAAGGACUGCGUCAUGGCGACGUCGUGGAACUGGUUUUUCACGCUGCUGCUGGGCGAACAGAGCUGUGAAACGGACAAGAACGGCGGCGUCGGCAUCAGAGGAUCUUUUUCUUCCUCACCAGCAGUGACCGGCGCCGGCUCUUGGUCUGCGCGUUCGGGUGCGACGUCCCUCAGUUCUACCCCUGCGGCCGCUGGCAGCUCCGCGGACUCUCUGGUGGAUGAUGUGGAGGUCAUCUAUCUAGUCGACUACAGCGCGGACUGUGACGAGGCUGGUGUUCGGGCGGCGCUGCUCUGGCUGCUUGAGCGCGAUAAGCAGAUUGUCGUGGAGUGCGCCCUUUCGGCGGAGACGCUGGCAGCCUGUGCAGCCGCUGCAGCGACUGUGACGCGCGGCAAGCCGGAAAUGAAACGACUUUUUCUCUACCGCGGCGGCGGGUGCCGUCGCGGUUGGUCUGACGCGUCUGUGACACAACUGCGUAAGUCACUCGGCGUGCGGCGUGCCACGGGCAAGACGGGCUGCAAGGCGUCGGCGGCCUCGAGUCCCGCGAAGACCGCGUUGGGUGGUAGUAGCGCCUUCACAACGGUUUCAACCAAAACGGCAGCGCCGGCAGUCGAUCGCUAUGGCGGCUUCUCGGUAUUCGACUUCAUGGACACCAACCUUGGAGGCGCGCUCAAGGAUGCGGAGGGGCCAAGAGGCGGCGGCAUGGAGAAGGAGAGGCUAUGCGCCACUGAGAAGAGCUCCGUUACCGUGACACCGACCGGUACCGCAACGGCCACGUUGAAGCCGCCAGAGGCAACGGCAAAGGUGGAGACGACGCACAAGCCUUCGGCGCCUGCCCCAACUUCCAUCGCUGUGGAUGCGGCAGCGAGCGUUGUCGGCGCGAUGCGUCAUAUCUGUAUGGUAGUGAUUGACCACGGAAGUCCUCCUUCGACCGACUCGGCGGCGGCCGUAUCGCUAGGCAUCAUGGAUAGUCUUGGCUGGGAUGCCGUGGCGGUUGUGCUGCACCUGCUCGACUGGACGUGCCCUGAUAUGGUAGUUGGUCGUGUGCUCCGCCGUUCUCCCGACACCCUUCAGCCCCUCUGCGUACAGGCGGAGAUGUACUAUGGCAUUGAAGAGACUGCCAAGGAAGGUGGCGAGGGAAAAGGGCGUGUAGCGGGCAGGGCCGCAUCAGCGCGUCCAUCCUACCUCUGCGUCUCUCUCCAUAUCGCCACCUGCGGGAACGGCAUUCUUCACCCAACCGACGAGGACAGAGGUGAUGAGGGUGUCUUUCAGCAGUCACUGCGCAUCGUCGGCACCAAGGCCGCUCUCACCGUAGACAACCCCCUUCUUCCGGCUGCCUCCCCUUUCAACACGGCGCCUACACCGUCCGCCGCGAUGACGACAGCAGCGGAUACCGCUGCCGACAGCUCUUCUCUGCUCACCGGCGCCGCGACUUCAGGAGCAUCACCCUCUGACGUCUCCUCAACCGCUACCGCUGUGGUGACGUCGGGCAAUGCCGCGAUGCUGACGGCUCCGAAGGUAUCACACAGCUACCGACUGGCCACUCAAGACGUGUCCGCCGCGUCAGGGCAGCGUGAGCGCCGAGAAGAAGAGGUGACCGUCGGCAGCGCUGAGCCAUGCGCCGAGUUCCGCACCUGGCAGCAUGUUCGCUCGCAGCUGAACGUGACAGCCACAUCUACGUCGCCGAGGAGCGGGGCCGGGCUGGGCACCUAUCAACUAUACAACUCCCGCUACGCAAAUCGUGGUGUUGGCGUAGGGCUCGGUGCCAGAAGCGGGUACUACGACCGAGGCCGAGGCAUGCGCGGGCGCCGCACUGACUUUGGCGAUGGCCUCGGUGCCGACCGUGCCGCGGCAUCGGGGCCGUCAGUCAGAGCCGAAAUCCUGGAUGCUGAGUCGGCUGCGUUGGACAUGCAGCAUGCGUGGCUCGUGCAGGUCGUCGUGGAAAGCAUUUUAGCCUCCGCAGCGAAGCCGUCCGUGUAA